GUGAAAAAUAUGUUUAUACAUUUUGUAUAUUAGUUGGCUGUUUAAGUUAUGGAUUAACAUCGAGCCUAUUCGGGCCCACAAUGAACGAUAUGAAAUAUUUAUUCCAUACCUCAAUGGCCAGGAUUACCAUAACUAACACCUGUAUGUGCGGCGGAUAUAUAUUGGGCGCUCUCAUUGGAUUUACAUACCACUACCUAAACCGUCAACUAGUAUUCAUCGUGAUGACACUAUCGGCGGGCAUUGGCAUAACACUACACCCCUAUUGCCAACACAUGUGGCAACUCUACUUAUGCGCGUUUUGCACGUCAGUGGGCGGCGGUGUUUGGGACAGCGGUAACCAAGUGUGGAGUAUCGAGAUGUGGGGCUCCCGG